CAACUAUACAGAAAUGAUUACAAUUCGAAUUAUAACUUUAUUAUUUAUUUUUGUAUAUUUUACUAAAAUAGUUUAUUGCCUAGAAAGUUUGGAUCGUCAUGAAAAUCAUGGAAAUCAUGGACAACAUCAUCAUCAUCAUACAAUUUCCGAAGGUCACGAUAAAAUUUUUGAUUUAACAUUGGAUAAUAUUGGCAAAGUGAAAUUAUACUGGAAAAUCGACUACCCUAAUAAAGAAUUGCAAUUCGAAAUUCAUUAUUACAAAAACUUUGCAAAAUGGUUUGCAUUUGGAUUUUCCAGUUAUGGUGAACUUGCACCGGCUGAUUAUUGUGUCCUUUGGACUUAUUGGAAUGAUACUGUUGUGCUAGAAGACACAUAUGCCGACUUUCAUGGAAUUUUGCACCGUGACAUUCAGCAAGAUUGUGCUGAUUUCAAAUUGGUUGCUACAAAUAAGAUUGUGAAAUUUUCAUUCAAGAGGAAAUUUUCUACAUGCGAUUUAUCUGACUUUAAGAUAGAGGAUGGUACAGUUCACUUAGUUUGGGUUUCCGGAACAAAUAAAUUAUAUAAUAUAGAAGGUGUAAAUGUCCUAAAAACUUCUGGUGCGCAACAUGGAAUGGUUCGAACAACGUUGUUAAAAAAUACUGAUGUCGAUUAUGAUGUAGAACCUGGUUCAUGGAACCUUGAUUUCGUAGUUGAUAACGUUCAUGUUCCGGCUGAUGAUACUACAUAUUGGUGUAAAAUAUUUAAACUUCCAGAAAAAAUUCAUAAUAGAAAAUAUCAUAUAUCUCGGUUUGAAUCACUUAUCACAAAAGGAAAUGAAGGUCUUGUACAUCAUAUGGAAGUUUUUAGAUGUAUCGCACCAUCAACGCAAGUGAUAUCAGAUUACGAAGGUAGCUGUUUUAGUGAUAAACGUCCAAAAGAUACACAAGUUUGUAAAAAAGUUUUGGCAGCGUGGGCUAUGGGCGCAUUACCGUUUGUGUAUCCAAAGGAAGCAGGUUUGCCUAUUGGAGGACCAAACUAUAAUUUAUAUGUUAUGAUUGAAGUGCAUUAUGAUAAUCCAAAAUUAAAAGCAGAUUGGAUUGAUAGUUCAGGAUUUCGAUUAACAAUUUCACCAAAUUUACGAAAAUAUGAUGCUGGUAUCAUGGAACUGGGACUAGAGUAUAUUGAUAAAAUGGCUAUCCCGCCACAACAAGAGAAAUUUUAUCUUUCCGGGCAUUGUAUCAUCGAAUGUACAGAAGUUGGUUUACCAAAAGAUGGAGUUAUAGUUGUUGGAUCACAACUUCAUUCGCAUUUAACAGGUGUACAAGUUUUUACAAAACAUAUCCGAAAUGGUGUUGAAUUACCUGAAUUAAAUCGAGAUAAUUAUUUCAGUACUCAUUUUCAAGAAAUUCGAAGAUUAAAAAAACCUGUUCGAAUAUUACCAGGAGAUGCUUUGAUAACAACAUGCGGAUAUAACACAAUGUCGCGUACAAAUAUAACUUUAGGUGGAUUCGCUAUAACUGAUGAAAUGUGCGUGAACUAUAUCCAUUAUUAUCCCGUUACAGAAUUAGAAGUUUGUAAAAGUUCCAUAAGUGAUAAAGCUUUACAGCAAUAUUUUACUUAUAUGAGAGAUUACGAAAGUCAACCUACCAGUAUGCAACUUGGCAUAUCAGAUAAUUAUAAUUCGAUUGAAUGGACAAAAAUCCGUGCCAUCCUGUUGGAUAGCUAUUACAAUGAAUCACCAAUAUCAAUGCAAUGUAAUAUGUCAAAUGGUGAUCGUUUUCCUGGAAAUUGGGAUAAUAUGGAACAAGUACAUAUUGAUGUUCCAUUAAUACUGCAAAAUGAUUGUCGCCAGAAUGCAUAUAUUGAUUAUGAUAAAUUAUUUUAAU